UCAAUUGGUGGGCUAGAAUCUGAAACGUUAAAACUUAGCGGAAUUGUGGGCUUUAUCGGAGAUUCCACGUCACCGGCCGGCGUGAGGUCGGAACGUUGAAACAGUCCGUGAGUGGCCGAUGCGCGGGUUCAGAAAUUUCAGCUCCCAAAUAGAAGGUUAGCAACUACCGCUCUUCUCGUCUCACAAUCUCGCUUGCACUUUGAUCACUCCCAUUAUCGCCUGUGAAUCAAUCUCGUAGAAUUGCUCUGAGAACACCGGUACAGAAAGAUGGGGAACUGGUGGUCGGCCACCAAAGAACCGCCGCCGCUCGUGGUGCUGGUUCCUCCGCUCUUCGACUUCCCUCCACUCGCUGCUCGUACAAGGAUGCUGGAAUCAUCAUACAACUUGCUAUUUGGGAAGCUCGCGCUAAGAUGUCUUUUUGAGGAUUACUUUGAGGAAGCUAGGCACUUUAGCACCAGAAUUAUGCUAAGGCCAAUUGAUGAUCCUCAUGUGGAUUUGAUUGCUUCUGUUGCAGGUCCACUUGAUUAUAAACCCAAAGAUCAUCAUAAUAUUGUAGGGAAUGCACAAUUUAGAUGGCAAAGUGACGUUGAGAAACCUCAUACAUUUGUUGAUCUUUAUGUCUCAAAUUCUGAACCAAUUCUACUGAUGAGAUCAUGUGCAUACUGUACUCAGUACGGCAUUGGUGCUUUUGGAAUUUUUCCAGUCCUGCUAAAGAAAAGAGUAUCUCCCGAAGAUUAUGGAGUUAUGGGUUUGAGAUAUGGCUCAUCAAACCUUUCAUGUGGAGCUACAAUAUCACCAUUCCCUUCUGCAGAAGAAAUUCCUAAAACUGCCUGGUUGGUGAGCCAGAUCGGAAGGUUAACUGCAGGGGUGCAGUAUGAACCUCAGUUUGAAAGCAAAGAUGUGCCGAAGUAUAAGAACUUAAAGAAUUGGAGCUGUGCAAUUGGCUAUGGAGUUGGAUCAGGAAGUCCUUUGAGCCCAUCCUUCAAUUUUGGUCUGGAACUUUCUAGAAAUUCACAGUUUAUUGCUUCGUUUUACCAACAUGUGGUGGUUCAAAGACGGGUGAAAAAUCCACUUGAGGAAAAUGAAGUGGUUGGAAUAACAAACUAUAUUGACUUUGGCUUUGAGUUGCAGUCGAGGGUUGAUGAUGAAAAAGCAUCAAAUAGUAUCCAAGAUUCUACCUUUCAAGUUGCUGCAUCUUGGCAAGCGAAUAAAAACUUGUUGCUGAAGGGAAAAGUGGGGCCUCUAAGCUCUUCUAUGGCUUUAGCAUUUAAAUCAUGGUGGAAACCUUCUUUCACUGUCAGCUUAUCAGCUAUCAGAGAUCGCACCAAAGGACAAACAUCCUUUGGAUUUGGCAUUUGUGUUGACGGUAUCAGAGAAGGAAGUUAUCAGAGGGCGGAUCCCAACUUUGUAAUGCUGACCCCUAAUAAGGAGCAUCUGGCUGAAGGCAUACAAUGGAAAAUUGGAAAGAGGCCAGUCUUUCAGUCUGAUGUAAGUUCUGGGAAUUUUGAAGGCGUUCCAAGGGAACUGCGACCCUUGGAAAAAAUUUUGUAGUCUCGAAAUCUCAACUAUUGUCAUGUUUGCUGCUUCUCUGUGCUAUACAAUACCACAAAAUCAAAUGAAAUUUUCUUAUAGUUCAGCAGUA